GUCGAUGCAUAGCAUUUUUCCUAGCACUUUAUUUUUGGCACAUUGGCGGCGCGGUAUGUGCAGUCUGGCGCGCCCCCUGGGUGGGUUUAACUCCUAGAAUGUUGCUAGGAGACCAAACACAAACUCAUUUUGUGGAGAUCCCGCUAUCAUAUCUCUAGAAUUCACACAGUCUUGGCUUCCCAUUCUGAAUGAAGAGAGCGAAGUGGGCCGAGUGACACCAAAACAGCACCCCAGGAGGAGCUUGAGAGAGGAACCAUGCCAAAGAAGGGUGCAAAAAAGGGGGGAGCAGGGAAGCAGGCAGGGAUGACGGAGGAAGAGAGACUCUUGUACUUGCAGCAGAGGGCCCAGGCAGAGGACGAGAUGGCCAAAAGGAAGGAAGACAUGCUAACUCAAUUUCUCAAGGAUAAGCUGCAGAAGGAGGAGCGCAACAGUGCAGUGAACCUGCACAAGUUGACGCAGCAGUGGCGAGCAGUUCUCCGCCAGACACGGGCAGCUGAACUGCGCAGUGACAUUGCUGUGCUCAGCCAGACCUUUGAGAGGGUGCUGGACCGGAAGGACAGUGUCAUCAAGUGUUUGGUGUGUGACCUGAGUGAGGCAGAGCAGCAGUCAGCCCAGGCCCUGCGCUCUCACCUGGAGUGUGUGGACUGUCUGCUGGCCCUGCAGAAGGGUAGGCUGGCAUCCCUGGAGCAGCAGUGGAACAGCGGCCUGGAGGGACUGAGCUACGAAUUCAAUUCUGAGAGGGAGCAGAUCCUGUCCCAGCACCAGCAGGAGUGUGCUUACCUGGAGGAUGUGACCUUUGCCAUGGAGCAGUUCUACAUGGAGGUAGACGGGGAGGCUCGCCAGGACUACCAGAGCACCAGAGACGACAUCAAGAACAGGAACAUAGAGGAGAAACAUGCGUUGAGGAUCCAGUUAGAGGGGACGGUGGAGGGCCUGUGGCGUCAGUUCCAACAGGCCCUACGCAACUACAAUGAGGCUACAGAGGACCGUCACAUCGCCUUUGAGUCGUUGAGAACCCGCGACCAGCGCAGUGCCCAGGAGAUCGACACGCAGAUGAGGAGGCUGCAGAAGAUGCAGGACUCCAUCUCUGCUCUGCGCUCUAGGCUGAACUCCAGCCAGAAGGAGAGUGAGGGGGCAGCACGGGGCCUGAGGGCGGCCAGGGAGGAGGUGACCCUGCAGGCUCGCCACCUCAAAGCCCAGCUGAGCCGUGCCCGUGCUGCCGAGAGGAACCAGCUCACCAACCUCACCGUGCACAGCAACGCCGCUGCCAAGAACCUACAGGGCAUCAUCACUAAGGGGGAGAGGCUGCUGCGUCUGGCUGAGAUGUGUCGUAAACUGGAGACAGAACAUGAGAAAGUCCUGCCCUUCUACAUCUCAUCUCUCACUGCUGAGGAAGAGAGCCAGGAGAGAGCUAAUGCUCUGGAGCCUCCAUCUGAGGAGCUGGCACAGGCCAUGCUGGACUACCUGGUUCUGGAGCGGUUCUGGCAGCGUUAUAACAAGGUUCUGCUGGAGCGGCUGUGUUUGGAACGGGAGAGAGGAGCUCUGACCCAGGAGAACCAGCAACUGCGGAUCUUACUGCGCCAGUACCUGGAUGGCAUCUCUGUUAGCGACGAGAUCCUCCGCCAUCGCAACCCCCUGCUGAUGGUGUCACAGCCCACCCUCGCCGUUCAACCCACUGCUGACGCCCAACGCAAGCGCCACACUGUCAUUGAGGCAGCACAUGUUGUGCAGCGCACGCUGUAGACACAAUAACAGGCUCAGAUCACACCAUCACUCCUAGAUUAACUUCAAAAGGGGCUUAAGUUGUACACUGACUAGGAGUAAAUAACUUAACUGCCAGAAUGCACUCUUCUGACAGAACUCAAUUCCUUAUUCUAUUUGUGUGUAACUUCUUUCUACCAGGUGUCUUACAAUAUCCAUCAAAUAAAAGAGGACUAUUCUAUCCGAUAAUAACAACAUUA